CACCAGGCAGGGUAGACAGAAGCCUUGGACGCAGGAGACGAAGAUAGAGACAUGGGAAAUCGAUUUCAAGACCCAUCUUCUUCAGAAUAUUCGACACCGUCUGUUUCGGCCUCAGAUGGCGACCCAGCACCAGAAUCAGCGCCCCGUCCCAACAUCGCCCAGAGGUUUGCCCGUCACGCCUCAGACUGGCUGAGAAAAAUGGCCAUCACCGGCGCGAUGCGGAAUACCACCGCCGACACAUCUUGUGAAGCGUACCGAUCUUAUCUGUCAGAGCACCCAACGGGCGAUCAUACGACUUCAACGGUCGAAGAGAGAUUCCGGUCAAGCUCGACACCCCUAGUGCCGCCGGCCAGGAGGGCCAUAUCUGAAGGGCGUACUCGGAUUUCAAACAGCUUGGCGGUUUCUCCUCACGGUCAUGCCUACCGCGACAUGGACUAUUCCCAGGAUGAGUGUGAGGUUAGGGAACGAGGAAGAGCCUACCCCGAGUACACUGAACCCGAUGCCAGCGCCUCUGAGGCUCAUGAACCCUAUCGUCAGCAAAGCUUGUACCAGUUCGACUUAGCCCGUUCCUCGUCUCCCAGCGACAAUCAAUACUUCACACCCAUGAAGCAAUAUGACCCGUUUGACAGAUCUUCGCCAAAUCGCGGCAACUGGCUGCUUCAGCGACCAUGCAGACACGAUGAUUUCGAGGACAUGAUGGAUAUCGACCACGUCAGUCGGACUUCCCGUCGUCCAUCUGACAACGGACGGCCGGACUUGACGAUCCCCUCGGAGCUGAACGAGGAACAAGAUCGGGUUGUCUGCGCUAUUUCAGAGAGCCGUUCAUCCGAUAUGAUUGGCGUGGCAGCCAUCAACAUUACGCUUGGACAAGUCGACCUCGUCAAAGUUGUCAACGACGACAGAUACCGGCGGCUCACUGAAACCGUGUGGCGGAUGCCAAUCCAGCCACAGACCUUUCUCUUGUUGAAAAAGGUCGUCAAUCAACCAACCAAGUCAGCCCUGGCCGUGGGCUUGGAACAGAAUUUUCCAAACGCUGAGAUAGUGCCGCUGGACAGAGAGCAUUGGAACGAGUCUGAAGGCUGGAGAAUGGUCGACCGCUUUGCAUGGAGGCAAGACAUCAAGGUCAUCCGGGAGAACCUGGAGCACAAUUUCUACGUUUCCUGUGCUUUCUCAGCGCUGAUGGCCUAUAUUGAAGAGGAGACGGAAGUGAUCUUCCGAGAGAACUCACUUCGUAUCAAAUAUAAGCAGGCCGCCGAUACCAUGGGACUUGACCGCUCCACCAUCACUUCCUUGGAGCUGUUUCAGAACAUCCGCAACACCAAAGGCACAUCGUCGACACUUUUCGGUUUGCUGAACAACACUCUUACUCCUCAGGGACGUCGCAUGAUCCGCUCAGCACUUCUACAGCCGAGCACGAACAGCCAGGAGAUCACGGCGCGGCACGAAGCCGUUGAGGAAUUCUCAAGCAACGAGGACCUAUUCACCGAGGUUCGCGCGAACCUCAAGCAGCUACUUCAUAUCGACGUUGAGCGGUCUAUCCCAUGGGUCUCCCUGAACACCGAAGAAUACCGGCUUCCCCUGCACGACGGAGUCGCCCUGAUCCAAGGACGCCACCAGCUCGCUAUGCCCAGCCACGGGGAGCUCCAGGGAGCUGAGAAGGACUUGAGUCAUAUUUUGAUGCUCAAAGCGUACCUCAGAGGUGUCCAGGCAAUUCAAGAGACUCUUGAAGCAGGCAGUUGCACAAGCGAGUUGUGCAAAUGGGUCCUGGAGAAGUGCGGACGGGAGAACACAGCUCCUAUGGUUGGUGUCAUCGACGAGGGCAUUGAGUCGGACGCCAUCUACAGCAAGGCCCCGAUUGAUAUCCGGAACAACCGGCUGUGGGCGAUCAAGGCCGAGCCGAACGGGGUUUUGGAAGGAGCUCGCCAGCUGUACCGGAAUCGUACAAACGAACUGCACCAGUACGUACAAGAGCUCACCAAAGCAUUCCAGGAGCAUUUGGGUACCGUACCCGAGCUUCGGCUGGCAAACGAUAACCAUUACUGGCUGCGGUUUCAAUGGUCCGACGUCGAACGAGAAUUGGCAAAGGACCAGGUACCUACGGAGGACGGGAGAAGCGGGGGCGCUCGAACUUUGAGGCCACAACUCCUCGGCGGUGUUCAAAUUGUCAAUGGCAUCCGCCGGAAACAUCAUUACGACUGCCAGACUUUGGAACUCAUUCAAAGGAGCAGCCAGAUCCAGCGCCAUGCCGACAUUGUCACGGCUCAGAGUGACACCUUCGUUGCCGACCUGAAAAAGUCCCUGCUGGAGCAUGCGGAGCCCCUCCUCGCGGUCAACGAAGCCAUCGCCGUGCUUGACAUGGUGUGCUCCUUUGCACAUCUGGCCACCACCCAGAACUAUGUCCGACCCAUCAUCUCGGACAAUUUGGUCUUCAAAGGCGCCAGACACCCAAUCGUGGAAGCCAGAAAGCCGAACUUCGUUCCAAAUGACGUCUACUCGGGAGAUAAUGGUGGCCGCUUCCAAGUCGUCACCGGUGGAAACAUGAGCGGCAAGAGCACAUUCAUCAGAACCAUUGCCUUGAUUCAGAUCAUGGCACAGGUGGGCAGCUUCGUCCCCGCAUCUUAUGCAGCAAUCCCCAUCUGCGAUCGUCUGUUUACUCGACUAUCGACCGAAGACAAGCCGGAGAGCAAUCUGGGGACAUUCGCCGUCGAGAUGUCAGAGAUGAACAUGAUCCUAAGGCAGGUUACCAAAGACAGCAUGGUCAUCGUCGACGAACUCGGCCGGGGAACUUCGCCAAAGGAAGGCCUUGCCAUUGCUCUCUCCAUGACCGACGAGCUGAUCAAAACUGGAUGCCGCGUAUUCUUCGCGACACACUUUACUGAGCUUGCACGCGUCUUGAAUUUUACUAAACGAGACAGUGUCCUGAACAUUCAUUUGUCCAGCGACAGCACCAAGGACGGCGAUGUUGCGCAAAUCUCUUUACCACACACCAUUGCCCCUGGACCGGUUAAGAACGAAGACUACGGCCUGGAUCUCUCCCGCCGCUUCCUCCCAGAACGGGUUGUCAACAACGCCGAGCGAGUCUCCGUCAGCUCGACCAUGGACGAUUCGGCGCUUGGCUCAUACGUGAAGAAACUGCAGACGGAGUUCACCAUCAGAAUGAACAUCGCUGCCGAUGAUGAUACCCAGCUUGUGGAGGACCAAACCGACAACAAUGCUAAACGUCCAGCCAACCUCCCACUGCUUGAGAAGCCAAGCGAAGAAGAGCUCAAAGAGUGGAAGAAGAAGUGCGACGAAGGAGAGAGGAGGGUCAUGCAUGUCAACAUGGCCUACACUCAGGACAAGAAACACUCCGUCGUCGACGAGGAAGACCGCACAUAUCCUUACAAAAAGAGCAAAGCUGGGGAUGAUACAGCAAGCCUCGCGUCUCAGCCCACCCCCAUCAACCGCGGAUUCCUGAUUGAGGAGCUCCGGAGGGACGCAUGCACACCGAUCGCCAGAGCUAAUCCAGCAAUCUCCGGCACUGACACAGAUUCAAUCAUGGAGGACGCCCCUCGGCCCGCACGCAUGAGCUUACCCCCAAGACCCGUCCCCUCUAAACGCUCACUUCACCGGGCCAUCUCCAUUACGUCGAGCAGCUCGGUCUACGAUGAGGACAUGGCGGACAUUGACGAAGCCGACGACGCACUGACCGCAACCUCUGAGCGACCUGGCCCAGAGGCGUACUCGGAGCUUGUCCAGCCUCUUGAGCAAUUCCAGCCUCUUGAGAAAUUCCAGCCUCUGAAAGAGUGGUAUGCCCGUCAGGGCCAGACGGAGGGCUCAGAACCCCGCGAGGCACCGACGCCCAGCAGCCUGACUGGGAGCCGGUUUGACACCCAGGACAGCUUGCAAUCUGUUGAAGAGGACGAAGAGGUGUAUGAUGAUUGAUGAUUGAGUUGAAGAUGGACAUUUGUGUUUACUUGUUUGUGGUUUUGCUUUGCUUAAGACGGAGGUUGUUCGGAGUUGCAUUUCACUGAUGAUCUGGCUGCGAGAGAAGGGCGGCAAUUUGCAUCUGAUUUGCUCAGGGAUAUUCUAUUAGGACGAGACGGAGAGGACUUCUCAGGGUUGAAAUGGUUGUGUGGUAGAACGGAGACGGAAGUGGACUACAUCUGCUCAAGAGGACGUUCAAUGGUUGCUCGAUUAAGUAAAUUUGUCAUUUCCGUCGUACUAAGCCAGAUUUCAAUUGUUUAGGUGGUGCAG